UUUCCAGGACAACUUGAAGACUUGCAAUUCGUUUCUGAGUGCGGGAACCUAGGCAUCCCGAAGGAACCUCGAGCUUGGAUAUUUGUAUGAGGUGAAACCAAACUCUUGGUAGCCAUGAAGAAAGGAAAGUCAAAGGCACCCAAAGACAAAGGUCAAAAUCAAGAUGAGCCAGCUGUCCUGGAAACAGAGGACCUGGACCGAAGGUUUGGAGGCGGCCCAGACCCUGACACCAUCUCCCUGGCCUCUGUUACCGCGGUAACCACCAAUGUAUCCAAUAAGAGGUCUAAGCCUGACAUAAAGAUGGAGCCUGGAGCUGGAAGGCCAAUGGACUUCCAAGUGAGUGUUACGGUCAUUGAGGCCAGACAACUGGUGGGCCUCAAUAUGGACCCAGUGGUCUGUGUGGAGAUUGGAGAUGACAAGAAAUACACAUCAAUGAAGGAGUCGACCAACUGCCCAUACUACAAUGAGUACUUUGUAUUUGACUUCCAUGUCCCUCCUGACCUCAUGUUUGAUAAGAUCCUGAAGGUUUCGGUCAUUCACUCUAAAAACCUACUGAGAAGUGGCACACUGGUCGGGACUUUUAAAAUGGAUGUGGGCACGGUAUACUCACAGCCUGAGCAUAACUUUUACCACAAGUGGGCCAUCUUGUCUGACCCUGAUGACAUCACGGCUGGCUGCAAGGGCUAUGUGAAGUGUGAUGUUGCUGUGGUUGCAAAGGGCGAUAACAUCAAGACACCCCACAAGUCCACUGAAACAGACGAGGAUGAUAUAGAGGGGAACCUCCUGCUGCCUGAAGGUGUACCCAUGGAGAGACAGUGGGCACGCUACUAUGUGAAGAUCUACAGGGCCGAGGGGCUGCCUAAGAUGAACACCAGCAUUAUGGCCAAUGUGAAAAAGGCCAUCAUUGGAGAAAACAAAGACCUAUUGGAUCCAUACGUUCAAGUCUUGUUUGCUGGCCAGAAGGGCAAGACCACUGUGCAGAAAAGCAACUAUGAGCCAAUAUGGAAUGAACAAAUCGUCUUCACGGAAAUGUUCCCCCCUCUAUGCAAGAGAAUGAAAGUCCAAAUCCGUGACUCAGAUAAAGUCAAUGAUGUGGCUAUAGGAACACACUUCAUUGACCUUAGAAACAUUGCUAAUGAUGGUGACAAAGGCUUUCUUCCCACUCUGGGCCCUGCCUGGGUGAACAUGUAUGGCUCCACAAGGAACUACAGCUUGAUGGAUGAGUACCAGGACCUGAACGAGGGCCUAGGAGAGGGGGUAUCAUUCAGGGCCCGUCUCCUAAUCAGCCUGGCUGUAGAGAUCCUAGACACAGGCUCCCCAGACGUAAUGAGCAACACAGAAGUGCAGGUGGAGGGAGUGCCCAAAAUUGCUGAGAAUGCCACUGGAAAGGUCGAGGAAUUUUUACUGUAUGGGGCCUUCCUUGAAGCCACCAUGAUUGACAGGAAGAUUGGUGAUAAGCCAAUCACUUUUGAGGUUACCAUAGGUAACUAUGGGAACGAGAUAGAUGGGAUGAUAAAGCCCAAGUCACGGAGGAAGAAGAAAGGAGGGGAUAGUGAUGAAGAGGAGACUGACUUGAUCCAGGGCUCCAGUGAUGAAGAGAUGGAGGAUGAAGGAGACUUAGUGUCUGUAGCAUCCACCCCACCCAUGAAACCCCUCAUCACAGAUAGAAACUACUUCCAUCUGCCUUACUUUGAGAGGAAGCCCUGCAUCUAUAUUAGAAACUGGUGGCAAGAUCAGAAGAGACGCCUAUACAACUCCAACAUCAUAGACAACAUAGCAGAUAAACUGGAAGAGGGGCUGAAUGAUGUGCAGGAGGUCAUAAAGACAGAGAAGGCCUACCCGGAACGCAGACUGAGAGGAGUCCUGGAGGAGCUCAGCAACGGCUGCAGUCAGUUCCUUAACCUGGCGAAUAAGGACCAAAACCAGACAGGAAAGACCAAGCUGGAUCGGGAGCGACUGAAGUUCUGUAUGAGGGAGUUGGAAACCUUGGGUCAGCAGGCCAAGACCAUUCGCUCACAGGUGAAGAAGAACACAGUAAAAGACAAGAUAAAACUGGUGCAGAAUUUCUUGCAAAAGCUUCGCUUCCUGGCAGUAGAGCCACAACACAGCGUCCCAGACAUUUUUAUCUGGAUGCUGAGUAACAACAAGCGCAUUGCCUACGCCCGAGUUCCUUCCAAAGACAUCCUUUACUCUCCAGUGGAGGAAGAGAAAGGGAAAGACUGCGCCAAAGUCAAGACCAUUUUCCUCAAGCUGCCCGGUAAGAAGAGCUUUGGGCCAGCAGGCUGGACGGUGCAGGCCAAGACUGAGAUGUACCUGUGGCUGGGCCUGAGCCGGCAGCGUAGGGAUUUCCUGAGCGGUUUGCCCAAUGGCUUUGAGGAGGCCAAGGUCUCCACGGGACCUGGCAUGCAGACUGCCCCACCCAUCAGUCUUAUCUAUACCAUGAAGCAGGUCUUCCAGCUGAGGGUGCACAUGUACCAAGCACGCAGCCUGUUUGCUGCAGACAGCUCCGGUCUUUCUGACCCCUUUGCCAGGGUAUUCUUCUCCACACACAGCCAAGUCACAGAGGUCCUGAAUGAGACUCUCUGUCCAACUUGGGACCAGCUGCUGGUGUUUGAUAAUGUGGAGCUCUACGGGGAAGCUUGUGAGCUGAGAGACGAUCCACCAAUCAUUGUCAUAGAGAUCUAUGAUCAGGAUGCUGUGGGCAAGGCAGAGUUCAUGGGAAGGACAUUUGCUAAGCCCAUCACCAAGAUGUCAGAUGAGUAUUAUGGCCCCCCACGCUUCCCUCCCCAACUGGAGUACUACCAGAUCUAUAGAGGAAACUGCACUGCUGGUGAAAUGCUGGCAGCCUUUGAACUCCUACAGAUUGGUGCUGGUGGAAAGGCGGAGUUGCCUCCUAUUGAUGGGCCUACUGAGUUGGACCGUGGGCCCAUCCUCCCCGUACCUAUGGGCAUACGCCCUGUCCUCAGCAAGUACCGCAUCGAGGUGCUGUUCUGGGGCCUACGGGACCUGAAGCGGGUGAAUUUGGCCCAGGUGGACAGACCAAGAGUGGACAUUGAGUGUGCUGGAAAGGGGGUGCAAUCUGCCCUUAUCCAGAACUACAAGAAGAACCCGAACUUUAGCACCCUUGUCAAGUGGUUUGAAGUGGACCUGCCCGAGAAUGAGCUUCUGCACCCUCCGCUCAACAUCCGCGUCGUGGACUGCCGUGCCUUCGGCCGCUACACGCUGGUGGGCUCCCAGGCUGUCUCGUCGCUCCGCAAGUUCAUCUAUCGUGCCACAGACAAGCACGCCAACAACUACUCUACUAAUGAUGAGAUUAUCUGUAACGCGGAGCCAGAGCCUCCAGUGAAGAAGAUGGAGACAGUGGUCAAACUCGACUGUGGGUCUGAUGCAGUGGUCAAGGUUGAUAUGCCAGAUGAUGACAAGAAGGGCAAGAAGAAGAAGAAUAAGGGAGGAGAGGUGGAGGAGGAGGAGGUGGACGAGAGCAUGCUGGACUGGUGGUCCAAGUACUUCGCCUCCAUUGAGACACUGAAGGAGAUAUUAAAGGCCCAGGAGGCUGCUCUGGCGGAAGCUGAGCGUGACGAGGAUGCAGAUCCACCACCUGAGGGGGGAGAAAUCAACCCUGACGACUCUCCUGUAAAAGGAAAGAAGAAAGGGAAGAAAAAGAAGGCGGCAGCAGCAGCGGCGGCGGCGGCGGCGGCAGCUUUGGACGGGCCGGCGGAGAGGAAGAGACCCAGGAUCGACGAGCUGAAGGUGUACAACAGGGAGUUAGACCAUGAGUUUGACGGCUUUGAGGACUGGCUCCACUCGUUCAACCUGUACAGAGGGAAGGGCGGUGAUGAUGAUGACCAAAACAUGCCUGAUGAGGACAGACUUGUUGGCAAAUUUAAAGGCUCCUUGUGUAUAUACAAAGUCCCGGUGUCAGAUGAGAUGUCCAGAGAGGUUGGCUAUGAUUCAAACAUGGGCAUGUUCCAGAACAUUCCUCAGAACAACCCCAUAAACAUUUUAGUUCGAGUGUAUGUCGUCAGGGCUACAGAUUUGCAUCCAGCUGACAUUAAUGGGAAGGCAGAUCCUUAUAUAGCUAUCAAGCUGGGAAAAACUGAAAUCAAAGACAAAGAGAAUUACAUCUCCAAACAGCUGAACCCUGUGUUUGGAAAGUCCUUUGACAUAGAGGCCACGUUCCCAAUGGACUCCUCCUUGACAGUCUCAAUCUAUGACUGGGAUCUAGUCGGCACUGACGACCUCAUCGGCGAGACAAAAAUCGACCUGGAGAACCGCUACUACAGCAAACACAGAGCAACAUGUGGCAUUGCCUCAACAUACUCCCUAUAUGGUUACAAUGUGUGGAGAGACCCGAUGAAGCCCACUCAGAUCCUGAGUAAACUCUGCAAGGACGGCAAGGUGGAUGGGCCCCACUUUGGCCCCGGGGGAAGGGUGAAGGUGGCCAAUCGUGUUUACUUUGGACCAACGGAAAUAGAGGAUGAAAACGGUCUGAAGAAGCAGAGUGAAGAGCACCUGGCCCUGACCGUGCUGAAACACUGGGAGGACAUGCCACGAGUCGGAUGCAAGCUCGUCCCCGAGCACGUGGAGACGCGCCCGCUGCUCAACCCAGACAAGCCCGGCAUUGAGCAGGGCAGGAUUGAGAUGUGGGUGGACAUGUAUCCCAAGGAUAUGGCAGCACCUGGUCCAGCCCUUGAUAUUUCUCCACGAAAACCAAAGAAGUUUGAGUUGAGGGUGAUCAUCUGGAACACAGAUGAAGUUGUUUUGGAAGAUGACGACAUCUUCACAGGGGAGAAGUCCAGUGACAUUUUUGUCAGGGGUUGGCUCAAAGGGCAGCAGGAGGACAAGCAGGACACUGAUGUGCAUUACCACUCACUGACCGGUGAGGGCAAUUUCAACUGGCGGUUUGUCUACCCCUUCGAUUACCUGAUGGCAGAGGAGAAGAUUGUAAUCUCCAAGAAGGAGUCCAUGUUUGCAUGGGAUGAAACAGAGUACAAGAUCCCACCCCGGCUCAACAUUCAAGUGUGGGACGCUGAUCACUUCUCCGCAGAUGACUUCUUGGGGGCAAUUGAGCUGGACCUCAACCGAUUUGUUCGUGGGGCCAAAACAGCAAAACAAUGCAGCCUUGACAUGGUUGAGAAUGAGCAGGACAUGCCAAUGGUGUCCAUCUUCAAGCAGAAGAGAAUCAAGGGCUGGUGGCCAUUUUUGGCCCGAGAUGAGAAUGAUGAGCUAGAGAUCACGGGGAAAGUGGAGGCUGAACUGCACCUGGUCACUGGGGAGGAGGCGGAGAAGAGUCCAGUUGGAGAGGGACGCAAUGAGCCAGAGCCGCUGGAGAAACCAAAUCGUCCAGACACCGCUAUGUUGUGGUUCCUCACACCGCUGAAGGCCAUCCGCCACCUGGUCUGUACCCAGUACAAGUGGCUCGUCAUCAAGAUUGUGGUGGCGCUGCUGGUGUUGGCCAUGCUAGGCCUCUUCCUCUACAGCAUGCCGGGCUACAUGGUGAAGAAGCUGCUGGGAGCUUAAGGACGAGACAGGGAGAGAUGCAGAGCAUGAGAUGAGAAGGAAAGAGAGAGGGCAACUGUCCCAUAGUCAUACCACCUGUUUUUAAUAUGAUCUCAUAUAUAUGAAAACAUAAUGUAGAGAAAUCAUGUCAGCAAAGUCAACUUUAACCUCGCUUAUUAUAAAAAAUACACAUUUUGAUAGGAACUUUUCAACACUCUUUUACAUCUAACUUCUAUGACUAUUUAAACAAAUAUGUUUUAAGAUUUAACUAAGAUUACUAAGAAAGAUGAACAGUUUACUGAAACAACCUGCCACUCUCUAAAGCCCACACUAAAAAAAGAUCUAAAUUAAAACAGUUUCCGUUCUUCUUCUUUCAGCAACGAAAUUGCCUGCACUUAAAAUACAUUAGAUUUAGAUUAGAUUUCAAGCUUGCCUAUAGAUUGAACUGUGAUUGUGUAUUAUUUGUAUUUAUUGAUAUUUCCCACCUUUUCUCAGAAUCAAUAAAAGUGUCCG